CUCUCCCACUUCAUUCAAACAACUUCAUCGACUGGCAAUUGCACUUGAGUCGCACCUCAAUUGUUCGGUUUAUUAUUCUCUGCUCUCCUCCGUGGCUUUUCUUUUUCUUUCUUCUCCAGCUUAACACAAUUUAAUCGUUCUUGCGAUACCAUGCCUUCUCUUGUUGGACGGGAUAUUGGCCAUACUGGCUAUGGGUUGAUGAGAAUGACUUGGGUCCCUCAACCACCCCCGCAAGAACAAUCCUUCGAGGCCCUGAACACCGCUCUCUCUCAGGGCUCCAAUUUCUGGAACGCCGGUGAACUCUACGGCACACCUGAACACAACUCCCUGCAUCUGCUCCAUAAUUACUUUGCCCAGCACCCGGAGAAUGCGGACAAGGUUGUGCUCAGCAUUAAGGGUGGGUUGAAGCCAGGCCAACUGGCGCCGGAUGGCUCCGAGGCCAAUAUUCGGCGCAGUGUGGAUGAGUGUCUGCGCGUGUUGGAUGGGAAGAAGAAGAUUGAUAUCUUUGAAUGUGCGAGACAGGAUCCCAAGACUACCGUGGAGCAGACGGUGACUAUUCUUGCGCAGUAUGUUAAGGAGGGGAAGAUUGGGGGCAUUGGGUUAAGUGAGGUUGAUGCGGAGACUAUUCGGAGAGCACACAAGGUACACCCGAUUGCGGCCGUAGAGGUUGAGCUAUCUCUGUUCGACCUCACCAUCCUCCAGAACGAUGUCGCCAAAGUAUGCGCGGAACUCAACAUCCCCAUUGUGGCGUACUCGCCAUUGGGACGGGGUGUCCUGGCCGGCGCCUUCACUACCGCCGCCGACAUCCCCGAUGGUGAUUUCCGGAAGACGCUGCCCAAGUUCCAAGACGAGGCAAUGAAGCACAACAUCAAGCUGGUCAACGAGGUCAACGACCUCGCCGCUCGGAAGGGCGUUGCACCCGUUCAGAUCGCACUCGCCUGGGUUCUUACCCUUAGCGACAGGCCUGGCAUGCCUACGAUUAUCCCUAUCCCUGGGGGCACCACGAGCGCCAAGGUGACGCAGAACUUGCAAGCGCCUCGUCUGACCGAUGCAGAGAUGGCAGAGAUUGAUGCAAUUCUGAAGCGGAAUGAGAUUGUUGGGGGUCGAUCAAGUGUAGAAAUGUCAACAUCCAAUCUCGCCACAGACCACCCGGUGUUAGUCCCUGUCGAACAAUUGAUUUCACUGAUUCCUCCCCUACUGAUCCUCCCCCGCUCUCUCCCAAUGACCGAAUCUCCGGGUUCCCCUCUCUCUUCCAUCGCCUCCGACGACAUGUCGGAUCGCGAGGAAUUGAAGCAGGGCUUCUCCCCCUCGGCCUCAAAUAUGCCUCCUUCCAAGCGCCGCCGCACCGGCAUCGCAUCCUGGGAUCGCAAUACCCCCGUCUCAACCACCUUCCAAGAUGACAUCCCUCCGGCCUCCCCGUCGUCUUCCAUCUCCUCGGACACCUCGGGCGACAUCCCCAACUCCCCCGGCAUCCUGGCCCUUAUCGGAGGCGGCCAGGACGACGACUACAGCGGCCAAGGCAACGACCAGGUGACCGUAUGCCGGUGGGAAGGAUGCGAUGCCGGAGAUCUGGGAAACAUGGACGACCUCGUCCAGCACAUUCACAACGAGCACGUCGGCAGCCGACAGAAGAAGUAUUCCUGCGAGUGGUCCGACUGCACUCGAAAGGGCCAAACGCAUGCAAGCGGAUACGCACUGCGCGCGCAUAUGAGAAGCCAUACGAGAGAAAAGCCCUUCUACUGUGCGCUACCAGAAUGUGACCGCAGUUUCACCCGUUCAGACGCCCUCGCCAAACAUAUGAGAACAGUUCAUGAGACGGAAGCUCUUCGACCUUCUGAUCCCGUACCGAAGCACCAUAAUGCGCCGUCCGCCGCUGGCACCCCUGCAGGGACACCCGUGAGCAAGCUCCAGCGCAUCAAGUUGAAGCUUUCGCAUCCGCCUAAGGAUGAGUCCGAGCAGCCUAGCGAGAGUGUCACCGAUGAGAACAAGCUUUUGGACGGCUAUCUGGACGAGUGGGAGGACCCCAGGUACAAGCGCGAGCUCGGCUUCGAGGAUUACGAGUGCUCGCUUCCGCCGCAACAACUGUAUCGACUCCUCCGUCGACAAAUCCACUGGGCAGAAAAGGAAACAGCAGAUCUACGCGAUGAGUGGGAGAAGAUCCUGCCAAAGAGAAAACAUUCGUUUCUGGAGAAGGAGGCCAUCUUCGAAGACGUCUGUGAUGCUGAGCUGCGACUAUUCAGUCUCCUCAUGGGCAGCGACUCCGCAGCGCCCGUGUCAUCAGCCGCUGCCACAAACGGAGCAAAGAAGCAGCCCGAGGCAGCAGCAGAUACGGAAAUGACACUGAACCCGGAAUCAGAGUCGGUAGCAGCAUAA